CAAAGGCGGUUACAUCAUCUGCGCGUCAGAGUCGAUAAACUUCGGAUGUCUAGGAGUGGAUAGAGCGGGCCGUGUGGCGGAUGACGUAAAUGCAUUAGCCCUGCUGGAUGCGUUGGAACCCGAGUCAAGCGCUUGGGUUCUCCUCGAGUCGCAGAGGGAGGACUGCUGUUUUGGGACAAAUCCUGCUCAAACAGUCGCGGGCGUGAGAACAUCGACGUCAUUCAAGUGAUCCGCCAUUGAGCACUUGGAAUGGAAUUUCAAACAGUCUAAGCAGGUCCUAAGCACAUGCAAGUUCCCAGACAAUGAGCUGGUUACUGAUGGCACUGCAAAUCUUGACUAGCAGCGCACGAGGUCGCUGCACGCCCUCCCCGGCUGAUUGGAUCGCAGGGGGUCACAACCUCAACACCCGGUCCACUUCUUUAUCAAACCUCUCCUGGCAGGCUGGGAUGCAAAUCAAAACACGGCAAAUUCAAUCAAUGAACUCGAAACUGCUGUCGUCGGAACACUAUUAUGGCUUACUACACACUUGGGAGAUCGGAACCUGCAAGAUGGCAGCUGGACUCAAAUUUUCGAUGGUGAGACCGAACAAGACUCUCACGGCAGACUGGGGUUGGGAAAACCCGCCAAGG